AAUUAAUGCUCUAACAAUCUUCUAAACUUGAGACAAAGAUAUCGAAGACAUCUAAACAUGACGAGAUGUAUCAACCUCAAAACAUGUCUUUUCAACUUGAUUAUCUUCACCAUAUUUGUUAUCACCUAUGGUGGGAGAUUAAAUCAAAAUCCUGAGUUUAAAGUGAAAGCAGUUAAUCUGGGUGGUUGGCUGGUUACUGAAGGUUGGAUGAAACCUUCUCUCUUCGAUGGAAUUCCAAAUAAAGACUUCUUGGAUGGAACUGGUCUUCAAUUCAAGUCUGUUACAACAGGGAAGUAUCUCUGUGCAGAGUCUGGAGGAGGAACUAUCCUUGUUGCAAAUCGCUCAAGUGCUUCGGGUUGGGAAACAUUUUCAUUGUGGAGGAUAAAUGAGAAUACUUUCAGAUUCAGGGUAUUCAACAAACAGUUUGUGGGGUUAGAUGGGAUUAACGUGGUUGCUGUGACAAACACUUCCACUGAUUCUGCAACUUUUCAUGUCAUUAAGGAAAGUGGCAACUCAAGCCUUGUUCGCAUCAAAGCAUCAAAUGGAUACUUCUUGCAGGCAAAAACAGAGGUUCUAGUAACUGCUGAUGUAUCAGAGGUCAGGGGAUGGGGAGAAGACGACCCAACUGUUUUUGAUAUGAAUAUCGCUGAAAAGUUGCAAGGAGAAUUCCAAGUCACAAAUGGUUAUGGACCCAUAAAAGCAAAACAAGUUAUGAAGGAACAUUGGAGCACUUUUAUUGUGGAAAAAGAUUUCAAAUUCAUAGCAAGUAAUGGAUUAAAUGCUGUCAGAAUUCCGGUUGGUUGGUGGAUAGCAAGUGAUCCAACUCCACCUUCUCCUUAUGUUGGGGGUUCCUUGAACGCACUAGACAAUGCCUUUAUGUGGGCAAAAAAAUAUGGAUUGAAAAUCAUCAUUGAUCUUCAUGCUGCACUUGGUUCUCAAAAUGGCUAUGAGCACAGUUCUUCAAGAGAUGGUUCUCAGGAAUGGGGAGUAACAGAUGAAACCAUCCAACAGACAGUUCGAAUUAUAGGCUUCUUAACUUCCAGGUAUGCAAAAAGCCCUUGUCUUUAUGCAGUUGAACUCUUAAAUGAGCCUCGCUCACCUGGUGCAACACUAGAAAGUUUAAAUAAGUACUACAAGGCUGGUUAUCAAGCAGUGCGCAAGCACUCCUCCUCAGCUUAUGUGGUGUUAUCAAAUAGGCUAAGUUCGCCAAACCCUAAAGAAUUCUUCCCUGUUGCCAAUGGCCUCAGGCGAUCAGUGAUUGAUGUCCACUACUACAGUGUUUUCGACGAUUUAUUUACCGACAUGACUGUUCAACAAAACAUUGAUUACAUAUACACCAACCGUUCAUCUGAUUUGAAUUUUGUUACAACUGCAAAUGGUCCUCUGGUAUUUGUCGGUGAAUGGGUUGCUGAGUGGAAAAUUAAGAAUGCUACAAAAGAAGAUUUCCAAAGAUUCUCCAAGGCCCAGUUAGAUGUUUUUGGGCGAGCAACGUUUGGAUGGGCCUACUGGGCUUUUAAAAAUUCUGACAACUACAAGCAUUGGAGUCUGGAGUGGAUGAUCAAUAAUGGUUACAUCAAGCUUUAAAUAGUUGUUAAUCAAACAAAAACGAACUUUAGAAAGUUUCCUCUUGCUUUUUUGGAUAUUUUGUGUAAUUUUUUGGAACCCUCAUCUUUUUUCAAUUUAGUGCUACUCUUUUUUAUCUAA